AUGGGGUUCUCUUUACAACUUCUGAUGGGAGGGCGCCUGGGAUGGCUCCCCUUCUUGGGGCUGCUGCUGCCCAGUUUUUACUGCCAGGAACUCAGUAAAGAAUGCGGGAAAACCUUUGAAAAAGGGAAGAUCCUUGGGGGUCAAGAUACCUCCAUACUUAAAUGGCCAUGGCAAGUCAGCAUUCUCUACAGACGUUACCAUAUCUGUGGAGGCUCCAUCCUGCAUGAGCAGUGGGUGCUCACGGCUGCCCACUGCUUUUUCACGAACAUGGAGACCCUGUUCAACUACGAAGUGUUGGCAGGCUUUACUGACAUCAGAAUUAAACAUAGGAAGGGCCAGAGGCGGACUGUCAGGCAGGUGCUCAUUCACCCGAGGUACGGGCUCAAUCACCCCCAUGGAAGCGACAUCGCUUUGGUGCAGCUGAAGAAAUCCCUGUCUUUCUCAGACAAUGUCUACCCCAUCUGCCUCCCCAAUGCCACCAUCAGUCUGAAGAAAGUGACCACAUGCUGGGUUACUGGAUGGGGAAAGUUAAGUGAGGAGGAUCACAAUGAAGGGAAGCUUCAAGAGGCUGAAGUCCCUCUUCUUAAUCAGUUGAUCUGUCAGUUAAUAUAUGGAAACCCACUCUUUAUCCAGGAAGAUAUGAUAUGUGCCAUGGACAUGGAAGCUCAGAAGAGCCCAUGCCAGGGCGAUUCUGGAGGACCUCUUGUCUGCAAAAUCAAUAACACCUGGAUCCAGAUUGGGGUGGUGGCCUGGGGCAGAGGCUGUAUGCCACCUAUAUUCCCUUCUGUUUUUACCCGAGUUUCUUUCUUCUCACCAUGGAUCUCAGACAUCAUCAAAACCAGGACCAUCUCCAACAGAUCAACAGUCAUCAUUGUUUCCUGGGCAACUCUUCCAACUCCACUUUUGUUUCUCUAUGUCCUGAGAAUACAGUAA